AUGCACACGACGGCCCAAUUCGAUAAUCUGGAGCUGGACGAGACGACGGCGGCACAGGGCCAGAAGCGCGCCACGAGCAUGAUCUUUCGCAUCGAACAGCUGCUCCCGGGCGGCACAACAACAACAGCAACAACAACAACUGGAACAGGAACAGCAGCAACAACAAGCUCCGCCCAAGCUCCGGCUAAGCGCGCGCGGAGCAGCUUGCGGCCGGGCGUUUAUACGGCCCAGUACACGCCGAAGGACACGUGCUCGUGUGGCGUGCCAACAACUGCGCUGCUCAGCUCGAUGGGCACGGCGGCGCCCAGCGAUGCCCGUGUCCACUGCAGCCUGGUUAAUGGGGAGCUGGCACUGUCCGCGACGCUGCUGCGUCAGAUCAAGCUCUCCGAGGACAUUUACAGCUUCAAUGCGCUGUUCGAGCUGCAUGCGGGACAGUUGCGGAUACGUCUGGUGCGGGAUGUGGCGCGCGAGGAUGAGAUUGUGGCCUGGUUCGGCGAGGAGCUGGUGCUGCUCAUGGGCAUACCCUUCCUCACGCCGCUCAACAUACAGGGCAAUAAUCGCUACACCUGCCACCUGUGCCAUUUGACCUUCGAGACGCCGCAUCCGCUCAAGAUACAUCUGGCCCUCGGCUGCGGCCGCAGCGUUAUGGAUCUGCUCUGGAUGCGUUUGCACUAUGCUCUGAAGUCGGCGGCACGUGCGCCCAGCACCAGCAUGACAUUGUCGCCCACGCCGGCAACCUCAUCCACGUCGUCGGCCUCGCCCAAUCGUUCGCCGCCGCCGCCCACCCGCUUUUCUGCCUUUAGACCCAUGGCCGCCGCCUUGCAGUCGCUGCCGCUGCCCUCACAGGCGCCGCCAGCGGGCGCACUCGCCGCAUACCUGCCCGGCAUGGGUAUGGGCGCACCGCUGUCCGCGCAUCCGAUGAACGCGGCCGCCCAGAUCGAGGCCAUAGUCAGCAAUAUGGGCGCCUCGAAGCAGGGUCAUCUGUGCAUUUACUGCGGCAAGGUCUACUCCCGCAAGUAUGGCCUCAAGAUACACAUACGCACACACACAGGCUUCAAGCCGCUCAAGUGCAAGUUCUGUCUGCGUCCCUUCGGUGAUCCCAGCAAUCUCAACAAGCACGUGCGACUCCAUCUCCAGACGCAGCCCAGCGGCAAUAUCGCUGGGGACGAACCGGAGCCGGAGCUGGGCUAUCAGUGCCAGAUUUGCCACAAGACGCUCGCCCGGGCCAGAGAUCUGCAGCGGCACAUGGAGACGCGACAUGCCACAAGCAGCACAACAACAGCAACAACAACAGCCACAACAGCUGCGACAGGCGGUGGAAUGUCCAGCCAUAGCUGA